AUUGCUGAUUCAGCAUUUUGCUGGGAUGGAGUCCAUUGAAAGAAGCUCUCAUAAAGUUGUUGUGGAGCAAGCUAAGAGACUAUUGUGUGACCUGUUAGCUGACCCCUUCCUCAGUGACAUCUCCCCCACUGCCACUCAUGACGAGGUGGCCUCACAGCUCACCCUGGAGCAAGGAAGGGCCAUCACUGUGCAUGUGAGGCGGUUUGAUGAUCAAGUACUUUCUGUGAUAGUGCUCCAAGGUGCAACGGUGGGUGACCUCAUACGUACUGUACAGAGGUCGGUGAUGAAGCAGCUGUCACUGGCCGACAGGACCACACCCAUUAGUUGGAGGUCUGUAUGGAGGAGGUAUGCAUUGUCCACUGGGCAGACAUUGCUUAGCAACAGAAAGGCUAAGUUAGUCAGCCUGGAGAUUGGUAAUCGUUCAGAAGUGCAGUUUGUCAAGAAACUGAGACUAAAGAAUGACCAACACAGACACUAACAUUUCCAAUUAAUAAUUUAUAAACUUUCCACGAUACUUUCAUUUCAUCACAUUAUAUGAAUAAUUUUAUCAAGAGUGGCUUAUGUUGUAUAUACAGCAUUUAAUUUGAAUUGAUGACAUGAACAAUUAAGUGCAAAAAUUGUGUUAUUAAUUUAA